AUGUCCGACAGGUACGAGCUGCCACUGCCCGUCCAGCCCGAGUGGCAGAGCCAAUAUUCGUACCUGCCUCAGCAAGAAACGAGCGGGCUCACCGGGCCCGUCGGAGGUUCCCGGCGGACGUCGCUGGCAAAGGACAACGGCGUCAAGAAGGCAAGCGAGCCGCCGGAGGGGCAUCGCUGCACGGGAGACCUCCUCACACCCAAGAGCGUGAGACACUCGUCCUCAGGCGAGGACCAGCCGUCCUUUGCGGGCAAGGCGCCAGAGUUUCCGCGGGUACCUCCUCUGCCUACGGUCAGUCAGCCUCUAAAGCAGACGGGGCCGAACAACUUUCACACGGUCCUGGCAGCCGAGGCUGGCCCGGCGCCGGCGACGAGCCAUCAUGGUUUGGAUUCCAGAGACAGCAUGGCCGUGGAGGAGGCCGAUCUGGACGAAGACGACGACGACGCCGCAGGGCCGGAUGGCGACGGCCUCGACCGCCCGCAGACGGCUGCCGAACGCCUGGCGGCGCGUCGAAAGAUGAAGCGCUUCAGGCUCACCCACCAGCAGACGCGGUUCCUGAUGAGCGAGUUUGCAAAGCAGCCUCAUCCAGACGCGGCACAUCGUGAGCGCCUUUCGCGCGAGAUCCCGGGACUCAGCCCGCGUCAAGUCCAAGUUUGCCGCGCCAAAAUCAAAAGGCUCACCGCCGACGACCGAGACCGGAUGAUUAGGAUGAGGGCCGUCCCCGACGACUUUGACAACGUGCAGGCGCUUCACUCGCCCUACGGAGCCGUCCACGGAAUGGGCCCGACGUCGACGCCGCCGAAACCCCUGAAUCCGUCAUCGUACGGCAACCACAUGCUGCGACCGCUCAUGGUCGACGUCCGGCGAAACGACGACGUCUACCUGUCCCCUACGGGGCUCACCCCUUCAUUUGGCGGCGUGGACAUUGGGCAGCCAGGGAGCGGGGGAAGCGCGGAUCUCGUGUCUCCUCUCUCGACCACGUCCAGCGAUAGGUUCGGCCCACCAGGCCACAUGCCGGUCCCAAGGCUUUCCAACCCGCAGCUCGGUCAGCAUGGCAGCAUGGAGGGCGUAGGGCACGUCGGCCGGCCCAACCUACGCCUGUUACCCCUGACCACGCGGGACUCGAUCCCCAGAUCCGCCACCGACUCGAUUCAGUCCCCUCGCACCAACCUGUCCUGGAAAUCGGACUCGGUUGAUUAUUCUGUCUACCCCGGAGGGCCGCCUGAGCGCCAAGGCACAUACCAACCUGGUCAGGCCGGAUCGGCACCACCCAGCGCCAUGGGCGGGCUCGACUCGCAGCCAUACACAGGCGGCAGCAGCAUGUCGAGCUCCUCGGGGCCGGGAUAUCUCGGUCUGGGACAGUCCGCCCAGACACAGGCCCGCGCCAGGGCAUCUUCGACCUCUUUGACCAUCGACUUUGGCUUCCGAGACGCGUACCGACCGACCGCCCCGAGCUCGCCGCCCUACUCGAGCCGCGGCCCAUCGACGUCGCAGGACGGACCACCGGCGAGCUCCACGGGGUAUCCGCCUGCUCCCCUCUCGGCCCCCCUGAGCGUCUCGCCGAGACGAUUCCACGGGCGAGUCGGGCUGCCGGAAUACACAGACUCGCAGCUGAGCGCCCCCAUCACCGCACCUAGCGAUUUCGGGAGGUCAUUCCACGGAGAGGGCUCAGUACACCCGCCGACCCCGUCGAUGAAGGACUACUUUGGGAGCGGCUCGGUCGGGUACAGCCAGGGGUGA